CAUAACAUGGAGAUGACCCUCUCCCCCAGGUCAUCUGUCCUCACCACCAAGACCAUGCUGUCUUCAGGCACCAUCUGCAGUUUGCUGCUACUCAGCAUGCUCUGGAUGGACAUGGCCAUGGCAGGCUCCAGCUUCCUGAGCCCAGAGCACCAGAAAGCCCAGGUCAGUCUGUCUCCCCAAGCCCGACAUCUACCCCAAUGUGUGUGUGUGUGUGGGGGGGGGGGUAAUGUGAGACUGAGUGAGAGAAAAAGAACACCCUGUUUUCCUUUCCAGCAGAGAAAGGAAUCCAAGAAGCCACCAGCUAAACUGCAGCCCCGAGCUCUGGAAGGCUGGCUCCACCCAGAGGACAGAGGACAAGCAGAAGAGACAGAGGAGGAGCUGGAGAUCAGGUUCAAUGCCCCCUUCGACGUUGGCAUCAAGCUGUCAGGAGCUCAGUACCAGCAGCAUGGCCGGGCCCUAGGGAAGUUUCUUCAGGAUAUCCUCUGGGAAGAGGUCAAAGGGAAGGGUGCUGAGCUGGGUGUGUAG